GUGUGGUCUCAGGAGUCACUCACGAAGGCCUACUCGGCGGCUAAGCUGCUUCCAGCGCGGAAGUCUCGUCUGUUAGCGUUCCUCAAGCACGUGAGUGCUGUAUCCGCGGUGCUCGACAGCAUUAAGAGCCCUUUGGACCGCAUCACCCGAUGUCUCUGGCGGCACAACGCGCGACUGUUUGACAUGACCGCGUACCGUCGCGCCCGCCAGGAUGUCUAUGAUUGGGUCACAACUGGCGACCCACUGUAUGUAACCAAGAUGGGCAUGUCUGUGUCCAAGCACCCAGGAUUCGAUGCCGAUAUCGGGCGAACGAAACGUGGAGCUAGCGCUUACUUCGCAUCCAUGGCGGCAGCCGCGCUCAACGAUGCCGAAUGGGCUUGGAAGCGCAUGAGGGUUCUCUUGCACGGCUGUCGAUCCAAGUUGGUCCAGUUAACGAGUCCCGUCAUCGGCGUUCCAGCCGCCGCGGCGUCCGCGUAUCUCGACCCGAUCGUGACGUAUCCUCGGAUUAAGGAGCUCUUUGAGGCAGAACGUUUGGACUCCGAGGAGCUGUCUAAGGCUCAGAGCUUCAUUGACACGCUGACGCCAGAGCAGGUUUAUGCAGUGGAGCACGCUCCCGCACUUGCAGCGGACAUCAAUCAGAAUGACGCUAAAUCGAGAAUGUCCAAUGCGCGCAUCUUGCAGGACGAAAUUGAGGCACACCUUCGGAAUCUCGGUGAGUACGAUGACGGACUAGGCCGCGUCUGGCGUUUCGUUGAAGAACACGCUGCGAAUGGGAACGUUGCGCUCGAAGGUGCUGUCCGUGAAUUCACUCGCGGAAACGGAGAACUGCGCGAGGAGGCCUGGCGUCAAGCCCUUGGACCUCUUGCCGACGAGCCAUCGACUGUCGAGCCGUCAACCUUGGCGUCUGGCACCCACGCGACUCUGAAGCGGAACUCUUCGUCGGCGAACGAGAACUUCGCGCCCUUUGUUGACCAUGGUGUUAUCUUGGGUUGUGACGAUCUGGCAGAGAUGCUCGCGGCGCAGUCAGAGGCUCUUCGCGCGAUUGUGUGCAAAAGUUCCGAUCUCGCGCCGCUGAUUCCGAAGUUUGUCACGAAUGCUGAGCCCGGUUCGGAGGGCUGGAUCGACGAUGUGACCAGUUUCUAUUGUGCGUCCCAGGUUUUCGAGGGCUCUGCAGACGACUUUCUGUUGAUGAAGCGUCCCGGCCCAUGCCCGCGCGGGCACGGACGGAUCACGGAUCCGCAGCACUACCGCUGCGUCAUGCCCCCACAGCCUUUGCUGGAACGUUGGACGGCCGCCGUCGGCCGCUCAGCCACGUUUGAUCCUGCUGGCCCUCGCCCGCAUAAAGAGGAUGUUUUCUUCGAGCGGACAUUGGCUCUGGUUCGUCAGGAUGGGCAUUUGAUUCCCUAUUCGGUGCCAGAUCACUCCGACGCCCUUCAGACUUACGUCUCUCCAGAUGCCACCGACGACGCUUUGGCCCUCGAGCGAACACGCGUGCCGGCGGCGCUUUCCCGUCUACUCAUGUCCUACGGGAAUGAGGCCGCCUGGGCUGACUUAG